AUGGAGACCAUCUGCCUUCUUCUAGCGUACAAAAUCAAGUACCCGGAGAAUUUCUUCCUCUUGCGUGGAAAUCACGAGUGUGCGUCCAUUAAUCGCAUCUAUGGCUUCUAUGACGAGUGCAAGCGCCGGUAUAACAUUCGCUUAUGGAAGACGUUCACUGAGUGCUUCAACUGCCUCCCUGUGGCUGCUCUCAUAGAUGAGAAGAUACUUUGCAUGCAUGGUGGGCUAUCACCUGACUUGCGCUCCCUCGAGCAGAUAAAGAAGAUUGGUCGACCCACAGAUGUCCCGGAUGCAGGCCUGCUGUGUGACCUAUUGUGGGCAGAUCCUGAUAAAGAUAUUCAGGGAUGGGGGGAUAAUGACAGGGGCGUGUCGUAUACAUUUGGAGGUGACACGGUCACAGAAUUCCUUGACAAGCACGACCUUGACCUCGUGUGUCGGGCACACCAGGUGGUGGAAGAUGGUUACGAGUUCUUUGCCAAGAGACAGCUUGUUACAGUGUUUUCAGCACCCAAUUACUGUGGCGAGUUUGACAAUGCAGGAGCCAUGAUGAGCGUGGAUGAGAGUCUCAUGUGCUCCUUCCAAAUUCUGAAACCAGCAGAAAAGAAGCCGAAAUUUGGGUAUGGUUCAGCAGGAGCUGGCCGCGGAACACCACAGCGAGGAGCAAGGGUGAGUAACACGUAA